CUUGCCUAGGGCCACUUCCAGAGUCUAGCGCGAGGACACGGAUUUCCGCAAGUAUGGUUUCCCUGGGGUCUGUGUUUGGCCUGCUGCUGCUGCUCAUAAUCGUUCGAGCCAGCAGAAGUGCAGGUGAGGUGACACUGUUCUUCGGGACCCUGGCCUUUCAGAUCUCCUACAGGAUCUUGGCCCUCGUUCCCUCUCAAGGUAUUGAUUUUCGAUUUGGCUCAUAUAUUGAUAAUUACAUGGUGCUGCAGAAGGAGCCUUCAGGGGCGGUGAUCUGGGGCUUUGGUACACCUGGAGCCACAGUGACAGUGACCUUGUGCCAAGGUCAGAACACCUUCAAGAAGAAAGUGACCACUGUGAAAGCCCACUCCAACACCUGGGUGGUGGUACUGGAUCCUAUGAAGCCUGGGGGACCCUAUGAAGUGAUGGCAAAACAGACUUUUGGGAUUACGAAUGUCACCCUGAGGAUUCACGAUAUCUUAUUUGGAGAUGUCUGGCUGUGCAGUGGGCAGAGUAACAUGAAGAUGACUGUGUUACAGAUCUUCAACGCCUCGAAGGAGUUGGCUGUUGCUGCUGCCUACCAGUCUGUGCGCAUCUUCUCUGCCUCCCUUGUCCAGGCAGAGGAGGAGCUGGAGGACCUUGAUAAGGUUGACCUGUCAUGGUCCAGGCCCACUGCAGGAAACCUGGGCAAUGGAAAUUACACUUAUAUGUCAGCAGUGUGCUGGCUCUUUGGCCGUUACCUGUAUGAUAAUCUGCAAUAUCCCAUUGGGCUGGUCUCCUCCAGUUGGGGUGGGACACCCAUUGAAGCCUGGUCAUCUAAAAGGGCACUGAAAUCCUGUGGAGUCCCUAAUACAAGCAAUGAAAGAAUUCUUCAGACCACGAGGAGUGAGUGUAAGAGUGAGGGGUCCUUGUGUCCUUUGGGGAGUUUUACUCUACCACCGUCUGUGACUGGACCUGCAACACACUCUGUCCUCUGGAAUGCCAUGAUCCAUCCACUGCAAAAAAUGACUUUGAAAGGGGUGAUAUGGUACCAGGGGGAGUCCAAUGAGGAUCUUAACAGGGACCUGUAUUCAUGCAUGUUCCCUGCACUCAUUGAUGACUGGCGCCAGACUUUCCACGAUGGCUCCCAGAAGCAGACAGAGCGUUUCUUUCCAUUUGGGUUUGUCCAGCUGUCUUCAUAUGCAGAGACGAACACAUCAGAUUAUAGAUUUCCUGAGAUCCGCUGGCAUCAGACAGCAGACUUUGGCUUUGUCCCCAACUUGAAGAUGCCCAAUACUUUCAUGGCUGUUGCUAUGGAUCUUUGUGACCUGAACUCACCUUUUGGCAGCAUCCACCCUCGAGAUAAACAGACUGUGGCCUAUCGACUGCACCUGGGGGCUCGAGCUCUGGCUUAUGGUGAGAAAAAUUUGGCCUUUCAAGGACCACUACCUAAGAAGAUAGAACUGUUGGCUCACAGUAGGCUGCUCAGCCUCACUUAUGAUCAGAAAAUCCAGGUGCAUAGGCAAGACAACAAGUCAUUUGAGAUCUCCUGUUGCAGUGACCGUCUGUGCAAAUGGCUACCCGUUUCUGUGAACAGCUUUUCUACCAAGACCCUGAUCUUGGGUAUCAGUGCUUGCCGAGGCACCGUGGUUGAUGUUCGCUAUGCCUGGACCACAUGGCCCUGUGACUAUAAGCAAUGUGCCGUUUACCACCCUAGCAAUACUUUGCCAGCUCCUCCCUUCACUGCCCCUAUUACAUACCAGGCUCCCAGAUUUAGGGCAUCAGACUCUUCUACGCAAGAAUAAGUUCUUUAGAUUUGGGUAUUUAGGAGUUUAAAUGAUGACAGCAAGUAAUAGAAGCCUCACUGAAUACCUCCCAGUUAGCCUAUGGCUGUUCCUGUAUUCUGAGAUGAGCACUGGCUAACAGAUACUUGAGAUGCUCAUCUUUGUCCUCUAGUUAGCUCAAGCUCUGUGCUGCUCUAAUUCUUAACUACAACAUUGGGCCUUACCACCACCCACUUCCCUGGUAUAGGGAGUGGAAUGCCCUAUUUCUGCCCUUCAUCCAAAACUGGACUCUCAGACCUAUAAGAGAUUUAAAGGCCUUGGAGACUGGUGCUUUGUGUGUUCUUUACAACCCCCUCCCCCAAAUGACUAUGGAAUGCUGUGAAGUUUCCAUCCAGGGAGCAGAAUCUCCCAUCAAAUGUUCCUACCCCAUGACAAAAUAUUUCAGGUAACCUUA